AUGGCUGCCUUUGUACGGGUCACUGGCCCGCCAAACAGCAGCUUCCUUGUUGGCUACCCCGGGAUAUCAGCAACAUUACCGCGCAUAGAAGGAAAAGUCGAGAUCAGACCAUCGCAAGGCUACUCCAUGCCAGUGGCAGUUUCAUUAGUCCGAAUAUGUCUUCAACGAAGAGAGACGAUACACCCGGCCGCCGAGAACGUCGCAAAACGGCAUCUAGGCACACCGAGGCGAGAAACGAUCGAUGUGGUGGGAAAGGAGCUGCUACUCUUCAGGUGCCAAGCGGGGAAAGAGGCCGAGAGCGUGAUCGCGAUGGACCUACCCUUCGUACUUUUUAUACCAUUCGGUCGGGGCGGCGAGGAGACAAAUAGGAGGAUACCUCCCGCUUCAUUACAAUUACCAUCGAGGACGGCCGAGACCCUUUACGAGCUGGUGGUGACGGUGCAACAGGGCGCAAGCACGCAGAACAAGUAUGCGUUCCCAAUACCGCUGCAGAGGUAUGACACAUUAUCGACCUUUGGCAUGUACAACCGCCCGGAAUCAAAAGUGGUCACGGCCGACAACUUAGUGACGCUGGGCAUAUCGCUACCAAAAUGGAGCUAUGGCCCGUGUGACCCCAUCACGGUCUACAUAAAGCUUGCGCCGAAUGCGGACUGGGUGAAUAAGGCAAAGAGGGUCACGAUCCAGAAGAUCACGCUGGCAAUCGAGGAGGAGAUAACGUAUAAUCCGGAGGGCGACGAGCCGACCAAGAAAGUCAACAGGAUCGCCAAACACACGCAGCCAGUACAAGCAAAACUACCAGAAGCCGGCUAUGUUACAAAUCUAGGGCUGGUAUUUCCGUCAAAAGACUUGAGGGAUUCCGAGGGCAUCGUUAAAAGAGGCAAACCUGGUUUCCCGCUCUACGAGGUCACCUCUUUCACAACGAGCUCGACGCUAUAUAAGAUCGAGUUCUUUUUGAGCAUCAAGGCCCAAAUGAGCUCCGCUCGGGACAUAACUUUGCGACAACCCAUCGUCAUCUGCCCGAUGGACCAGCAAGCGUGCAAAGAAGAAAUGGACGCCAUCGAGCAGGCCGCCAAAGACGCAUCCCACGUUGACCCGAACAACCCAAUGCUUCCCGCGAGGUCGAUCGUCGUUGCUAAUGACAAGGACGCGCUCAAACACCUGGGGCUCUGCAACGUUGGAGGGCAGAAGAAGCCACUGAUCGAAUGA